AACAUGUAUUAUUAUGAAAUUAGUCUGUCGAGCUUCUGUUUUUGGUGCUGCCAACUCUUGCUGGACACCACACCUUGUUACAAAGAAAGCAUCGUUGCACCGUCGCUGUUAUAAAUCUUAAUUACUAUAGAAGUAUGAAGCCUCACGCCAUUGUUGCGGUUAUAGGCUCGUUAUGGCUGCUGCACCGCAGAUGGCAGCACUCCAGCUCUAAAGCAAAGCAGGAGCAACCGUCACAGCCUACAGCACUUCAGCAUGCUACAUCAGUAAUAGCGCACAGCGGCACGAAUGCAAAUCUAGCGCAGCCCCCGCCUCCCAUCCCAGCUGCAGCAUUGACGUCGGGGACUAUAUCUGUGCAAGCUGUGAAGCCCAUGCUAGGGGCUGUAUUGCAGUGGAUUUUCCUCAUCCUGCUGGGCGCAGCGAUGUCGUUAACGGCGGUCAAAGGCGCAUGGGACGUGUUUGCGGUGCUGGUUGCUGCUGCUGGGGUGCAGCUUGGAGGGCAGCUUGCGCGCGGCAUGAGUGGCAGUAGCCGUCGCAGCAGCUCCUCGCCUCGGGUGGCCCGUGGGUCAUCCUCAGCCUCAUCACAGCCUCGAUCCGCCGCUGCUUCUCAGGAGCCUUCCACGGCAGCCCUCUCCUGGCCGCCUGUCCCUCCUCCCAGUCCCGACCCCCGUCUGCAGGGCGUUUGGGUCAAGGACCCCUCCCGCUCCGAGCCCAUGGACGAAGCCAUCGCUGCCAUGCGGCUGAACGGGCUGGUCCGUUCCGCGGUGCGGCUGAUCCGGGGUCUGGAGCUGGACGUGCGGGGAGGCAGGUUUAACAUGGCGAUAUUCAGCGUUAUUGCUUGGUUCAAGGUCCGCGAGAGCUAUGGGCUGGACGGCGGUGUGGGGCAGUACAACCGGAGGGACCUGCGCAGGGGCAAGCACUCCGGCUCAGUGGCGGUGCAGCCGGACGGCUCGCUGCUGCUCUCCCUCACCUGGGGCGAGCCGCUCCCGGGAAGCGGCACAGACCACUUCGCGGUCGUGUCGGCGGCGUCCAGUGCGGCGGCGGCGGCAGGGGGUGCAGCAGCAGCCAGCGGUGGAGGUGGGGGUGGAGGAGGAGGAGGCGAAGAAUGGGCUAGCGGUGCAGCAAGGGUUGUGCCACCGCCGUCAUUGCCGGCUGCUGCUGCUGCUGCCGAGGGGGAUUUGUUGGUUGUGACUUCGACGCUGCAGUUGCUAGCGGGGCCGGCGAGUGGGCGUACGAUCACGUAUCGUACGGUAUAUGUACGGGUUGGAGGGAGAGGCGGCGGCGGCGGUCGGCAACAGCAGCAGAACAACAACUCCCAGCUGCAAUCGCAGCAGGCGACCCUAACGCCGCCACAGCAGCAGCAGCAGGGGCUCAUACAGCGGCCGCAAACACCCGAGCAGCUACCACAGCCCCAACAGCUGAUGUUGUUGUCGCAGGCACAACAAGACACGCGGCAGCAGCAGAACGAACUUGGCGCGGGUACUGGGGAGGAUGGCAGCGGGUAGCAACAUGCGUGUCGAGGAGGGGCAAAGGGGGAGGGCACUGCAGGAGCAGCAGGGAGGCAGCGUGUUUGGUGGCGCUGUGUGGGAAGCUUCGAGCUGCGGAUGUGAGAAUGGAGCUGAGCGAUGCAAUGAGAGGAUCGCAUUGCAGAUUUCAUGCUUGCUGCGUAUUGGUUUUGGCAAGCCGGAGCGAAUGGGGUGUGGUAGUAGGCACGAUGAAUUCGAGAGGAUUGACGGAGGAAAGUGGCUGUUGCUUGCGGCGGUUUUGCAAGUGGAACCGAAGCCAGGAGGAUUCCGUUAUGGGCGGUUACGCAUGUGCGCUGGCUAGGAGCUUCUUCGGACGAGCUGGUUGAAGUAUAGUUGUGAACGUGCAAGCACCAACGUGCUAUCUGCUAUGCCAUGUGUGGUGCAUCAGCCACCUUCCGGCAUGCAGUUGCCGAUAUCGUGCAACAUUGACUUGCUAGUAAACGGGUUAUGUUGUAUCGUAUGUUCAUUGUUUGGGCUUGGCACCUGUUCCUGUGUGUUUGGUGGUUUUGGUGCUGACAGUUGACCUUGCACUCUUAGCAUGUCUCAGGCUGCUGAGUUUCGAUGUCUUGUGGCGGUUAUUUUAACUUUUCAGUUUGGUGGCAUGCACUGGACUGCGCGUGACUUAAUAAAGCUGUGUAGUGCAGAGAGCGGGAGACGGUAAUAUUAUAUUACUUUAUCAAUUUAAAUAUGACUUGGGUAGCCCAGCUUGGGCAUAUCUGUUGUGCUAUGUUCGUUAACCUGGCGGCUUGUGUCCGUGUAGAAGUUGGUCGUGGGCAACAUAUCGGCGGUGAAGAAUGUACAUUUCUGGAGCAUGGGUCGCCCAUGUAUUGGAUUUAGUUUUCCCUCCCUCUGCGGAUGGAAUGGGCUUUUGCUUAUGUUAUUUGCGGGCAGAGGAAGGAUGUCUGUGAGGCCGGGUGCCUCAACAUAUAGCCCCAGUGAGCUUGCUCGGGCCAUAUGCCACACUGAGGCUAUAUCGCAACGGCUCUGGUAUUUACGAAAUUGGUAUCUACGGAACAUAAGUAGAACGUGCUGCUGCCUCCUGUAAGUGCCAAGCUGUG